CAUACGCAGCUGGUUCGCUGAUGCAUUUUCAAGACUCAUGAGUAUGUGAGCGUGAUGUAUAUAAGUGCUCGUUCUUAUAAACUUUAAACUAACCUGACUGUAAAAAUAUACCCUCUAAGAAUUCUAAGAAUUUGUACCAAAGGAAAAGCAGGAAAGAAAAGAAAACAAUCUAAAAGUUGACGUGUUACUUUUUCAUCUGUUUUAUUGUCCUUCGUUUGAUACAAAUAAUUCUUUUUCCCUUACACUAAAAUUUGACUUGAAGGCCAAGCUUAAUUAAAAACCUUUUUGGCCUCUUAAACUUAAAGGCUUAUUUUUCCAGUCAGAAUUUCGUGUGUUUCGUUCACAACGAGAUGAAGAAUCAGAAAUUAUUCAGAAAAUUUGGUAGACGCUGGGAAUACUCUACACUUGAAUCAUUAUUGCUACUGAUGUUUCUGUCGACCGCUGCAUCUCUAAACAUUCUAAAACAUGAGGCGGACCCUCCUCUAGUGGCCAACUGUUCAACUACAAUACUUACUUGCCACCUGGAUACGCCUGCCCCAGAAUCUGACGUCUGGUGGACUUUCAACGGUGAUAAUGCUUCGAAAUUACCAAACGUUACUAUAGUAACGGAGCAAGCGGACGAUGGGAUUUGGAAACUGCAGCUGGCUUGUCCCACCCUGAAGCAUGCCGGGAAAUAUAUGUGCAACGCCCAGUCAAGGAACGAAAGCGGCUUAGCUUAUCGUAAGGAGGCAACAGUCAACGUGUACGUUCCCUUAACUAUCAAAGCUGAGAACAAAGUGACCAUCCAACUGGUCAACGAGCACGUGACACUAUCUUGUGACGUUUUAGCCUACCCAAGAGCUACGUUAAGGUGGGAAAAGGACGGUCAGAAGAUAAACCAGGACAGUGACCAUUUUCGUAUUAACACCACUAACGUCGGAGUGGACACCGUCCGAGGGACGGUUUUAAUUGAACAUUUGAGAAGAUCGGAUAAUGGGAGUUACAUUUGUGUGGCAUCCAACAAGUACAACAUGUCUACAGAAGCGCAGCAUGUCAGAGUGGAUGAGCCGCCAGAGAUCAGUUUGGACGAAAUUAAAGCUGAAGACUCACGCACAGUUUCAUUAAAGUGGCACACCACGUUCACAGGUAACAGUCUUAUCACCCGUUUUCACCUACGAGUGAAGAAUUAUAGCACUGGAUCCGAUUGGAUGGACGUGGAUAAUAACAUCUCUACUAAUAUCACUUCGUACACUGUCAGGCUACUGGCUCCGGCCAUGACCUAUGGGUUUCAAAUUGCUGCCAUCAACAGUGUUGGAAGAAGUGACUGGCAGAAUGAAAACAUUACCAUGCCCCCUGAUGUCCCACCAAAAGUAUCUCAAAUCCACGUUUUCGCAUCAACAAACCAGACUCUGUUGUUUGGAUGGAAGAGACCUACCCACGACAACGGCGCUGUAAUCACACACUAUAUUCUUCAGCUAAAGCACAAAGGAAAACUUGUGGCUAACGAAAUUUUAAAUGGAACUUCUAGACAGAAGGAUAACCAAACUGACAGUACCUUUAAAAACCGUCGCAGCAACUACAUGUAUUUAUUUGGCAACUUAAAUCCAGGAGAAACGUACGCAUUUCGGGUUAAAGCAUGUAAUUCAAUUGGAUGUGGAAACUGGUCGAAUUUAGUUGAAGAGAAGACCUCCGACGGCAUGGCGGACCCACCAGAACACGUUGAAGCUAAGUGUAGUUUCGAUUCCAAAAAUAAACGCAAUUACGUCAGUGUGACUUGGGAACCGCCAAUAAAAGCCAGAGGAAUAAUAGAAUCAUACAAUGUUACUCUAGAAGGCGAAUCUCGUUUUAAAAACUCGAAUGGAAAAAUCGCUGUCGACCGAUUCAGAACGACACACUCAGUGAAACCAGAAAGGUUGGAGUUCAGGAGUGCAGUGAAACCUAAUACUAACUAUACCGUCCGCAUGUGUACAAACAACCGUUCUGGAUGCGGUACACUCAGCGUUCCCACUACACUGACCUUUUGCUCCACCUCCCCUCUUGCUCCAACAAAACUGCCUCCGUUUAGACUCCAAAAUAUGAAAGAAAGCAAUGAAAAGAGACAUCUAGUGUUGAAACUACAGCGAGUUUCAGAAAGGAACGGUUCAAUUAAGUGUUACAGAAUCAUUGUUAUUAAGAUGAAGCCAGGGGCACAUCUUUCUUCACUCCCUCCAGAACCAAGUUCAAUUGAACUAUCUACAUACAGAAUAGUCCACUGGGAGAAUGGUCAUGGAGCUUAUCUCGCAGAGGCGUUCACAAGUGAGCAUUUCGUCAAUGAGAUUAUCAUAGGAGAUGGCCGUUACAGCAUCUGUGAUAAAUAUCCGAAUCACUCCACUAGAGGCGAAGGGCAGUCUAAAAGAGCAACAUUACAAGGAGAAGUUCAACAAACUACAGCUGAAUAUGAAAGUAUUUACGAUGGUGAACUCUCUCCCAGCACAAACUACACAGGUUAUGUUGAGUUGCAAAUCACUGGUCCGAAUGGAACGGUGCUGUCCAAACAAAGUCCUUAUUUCAGCCUAAUAGAAACUGGAUCUACACCAAAGCCUGAACCAGUUGAAAGUCUAAUGACUAUUAUUCUGGGGAUUAUAUGUGGCCUUGUGCUUUUAGUGCUGGUGUUUGUUUUGGUCCAGUGUGUUGUCAGGAAGAAAAAUAAUCACCUUUAUGAGGAGGAAGGUGAUCGAAUAGGCUUAACAGCACUAAUCCGUAGAACCAUUCAAAGAAAUGGCCACGUACCAAAAGGAAAUCGACUCUCAAAGCUUUCCUAUGUUGGACCUUUGUUGGCUGAUGAUCUUCCAAGUGCAUAUGUGGAAAAACAUAAAGAUAACAAUCUAUUUUUUCAGAAAGAAUUUGAGUCCUUGCCAGAAAAAUUCAAAGAUAGGACAACUCAUGCCUCAGACAGCCCAGAAAACCUGUGUAAAAAUAGAUAUCCUGAUGUAAAAGCUUUUGAUCAGACUCGAGUUCAACUUCCUAUUGAGGAUGGUAUUAAAGGUUCAGAUUACAUCAAUGCAAACUUUGUUGAGGGUUAUCGGGGAAGGAAAAUGUUCAUCUGUGCCCAAGGUCCUCUUGAGCACACAGUGGUUGACUUCUGGAAGAUGAUGUGGGAGCACAAAGUGACUGUAGUUGUCAUGCUGACAGGUGUGGAAGAACAUGGUAAAUUGAAAUGUGCCCAGUAUUGGUCUGAUGAUGACCCAAAGGAAGUGGAAAAGUUGUAUACAGUAAAUGUGAUUAACACCACAAAGUAUUCAGAUUAUUUGGUUAGAAGGUUCCAAGUACAGCACAAGAAAGAUGGAUUCACGGACGAACGGGAAAUUCUGCAAUUUCAUUUUGUCAUGUGGAAGGAUUUCUUAGCUCCAGAACAGCCUUCCUGGUUACUACGUUUCAUCAAAAGAGUCAAUGAACAUUAUGUUUCAGAUAGGGGGCCAUUACUAGUACACUGCAGUGCUGGUGUAGGAAGAACAGGGACAUUUGUUGCUAUAGAUACACUAUUACAAGAAUUGAAUGAUGAAGGACAGGUCAAUGUCUAUGCCUGCGUCUCUGACCUCCGGCAUUCUCGGAAUUAUCUUGUACAAUCUCUGAAACAAUAUAUUUUUGUUUACCGAGCAUUAAUGGAAUAUGCUCAGUUUGGUGACACAGAGAUAGAGAUGAGACACUUACGAGAUCAUUUUGCACAGUUGAGAGGAAAAAUGAACAAAUAUGAAACUACAGGACUACAGUUGGAAUUUAAAAAACUUGGAGAUGUGAUUGAAGAUCCCAAGACUUGUUGUGUUGGAACAAUGGAUAUUAAUUUGAGCAAAAAUAGAUAUAAUUUUAUCAUACCAUAUGAUACAAAUCGUGUGAUACUUCCCCCAACUGCUUCCAGAGACCACUCUUCUUACAUUAAUGCAUCUUUCAUUGAGGGCUAUAAUCGGUCCCUGUCUUUCAUCAUUACUCAGGAUCCACUAGAAAACACACAAGUCGAGUUUUGGAGGAUGAUCAAGGAGCACAACAUUCAAACUGUUGUGAUGCUUUCAGAGCUUGGAGAAGGGCAGACAAAGUGUCCACAGUAUUGGCCAACAGAAGAGCAAGAAUAUGACUACAUCAAAGUGACAUUCCAGAAGGAAGAAAAAACGGAUUUAUUUAUUAAGAGAGAAUUUAAUGUUACAAAUGUCAAGAACAACGACAACCAUGUUGUUACUCAUUACCAGUUUCUCAGAUGGUCGGAUUCAGGUAAUCCAAGUGCAGUGCCAGAGAGCACUGUGAACCUCAUAGAGUUAAUAGAAGAAGUACAGCUAACUCAAGCCCUGGAUUUUACCAAUAGUCCACUCACAGUACACUGCAGUGGAGGAGGAGACAGAAGUAGUGUUUAUAUCACUUUAAGUGUGCUUAUCCAGCAGUUGAAAUUAGAAGAAAGGGUUGAUGUCUUCCAAGCUGCACGACACACACGUUCUCAGCGUCAGUGCAUGCUUCAAACAAUAGGCCAGUAUGACUUUCUCUACCGAGGUCUUCUGGAUUACAUGCAUCAUCACAAGCUCAUGGAUAUGGGUGAUACACCUCUCUGAAGAUUGAUAAAGUUUUUCUUAUCCUGGGGAUAUUAAUAGUAAUACUACAGUUGUUAUUUUGCUGUAGUAAUUACAUGAAAAAGUUAGAUGCAUGGUCUUGCACUUCAUCAAGUAACUUGUGCCAAGAAGAGAAACUUCACCGGUUAGUGCCUGAAAAAGUCAGACCGUGUGAGAAUAAAACCAGUGAUAUGACUUAUAAGUGAAUAAGAAUAAGGGAAAGGAAAGAAACUAAGUGUGUCUCUUUGAAUGCCUCAAGAAUCAUGUGAUUUGAUUAGAAGUAGAAUGUUGAUAAUCUUAACAACUUUAAAACACAAUUUUAAUCACAUUCACUUUGACAAAUGGCCAGGCCUGAUGAAGUAUUGAUCGGAAUAUGUAACCUGUAAUUUUCUCUACUGAACUUCUGUGGAAACAAAUUGAUAUUCUGCAGUUUCUUCCAUUAUUAGUUUCAGCCUAUCUAGAAUUAUCUCCCGUCUGUCACAGUACAGCUCUUUUGAUUUGUGGACGGAGAAAUGAAUCAUUUUAUCCAUUUCUAUACUGCUUAAUUGAGUAUUCUACAUAUCUGUAGCUCUAAUGUAAGAUACCAGUAAUAUAGUCAUUCGUUUUACUUUCAGUCACAUAAUGUCAUCCAAUUUACUUACUGAAGAACAUCAGUUAGUUGAGAAGAUAAAUAAUGAAAAAUAUAGACUGUGUUUCACACUCACAAAAGGAGAAAUUUUUAUGAGUUACUUAUCAUGUUCAUUAUUUUCUGAUUAAUUCACUUUAUUUUGAAGAAUAUUUUAAAGUAUUUAUUCAAGUUGAUAUAUAUAUAUAUCAUAUUUUUAAUUACAGUAUAAUGUUCACUAUUAUUAAUUUCCUGACAAUAAAGCUCAUAUCAAAUCCAUGUUCCAGUCUUGGCUUAAGUAGGCGAUACGGAUCCAUACCAUAUUUAGGUAAUUUUUGGUGACUAAUAAAUUUUUUGUAUCAAAUUUUUGCAUUUUUAAUGGCUUAUAAAUAACAAUUUUAUUUUUAAACUUAAUUAUGCUGUUUUUUAUUCAGAUUCUGUAAAUCUUUUUCACUAAAAGUUAAUGGAAGAGUCAUCAGAACAUAACUUAAAUUGUCGAUGAAUUAAAUAAUACUCUGGUUAAUGAAGAAAAACAUAUACUAUAUUUUAGUUCUGAUUUUCUAAAAUAAAGUGCGUUCUUAACCUUGUGAAAAUUAAAAUUUACAGAGCCAACAUUUGCAUGAGUAAACAAACAUAAAUGUAUUGCUAAAGUAGUAGAAUAUUUUGACAGUACAUUAUUGAAAUGUUUGAUAUACAACUAUGGGUUUUUUUUCUGAACUUAAUUUACCUGUUUUCUAAUGAUUUGAAUAACCUUAUUUUAAUUUUUUUUAAAGUGUGAAGGUGAAUGUAGCUUUCAUGAAAAUGUUAUUAA